AUGGACAACAUCGACGAGGAAUAUGACCGGCUUGUUGAACACCUUUACGACUGCACGAAGAAGGCUGAGAGUUUUAAAACUACCAAGAGACGCUUGUCUCUUGAAACUCUUGAGCUGAUACGCCAGCGUGAAGCAGCACGAGCCGCAGGGAACCAAGAACUCACCACGAUUGGCCACAUUCAACCUGUUUCGAAACUCAUCGAGGUAUCACGAGAGUACAAGAUGCCGCUCUGUCUCACCUUCAUCGACUUGAAGAAGGCCUUCGACUCAGUUGAAACGGAAGGGGUCGUGGAAGCCUUGGACAACCAAGGCGUCCCUACUCAGUACAUAAAGGUACUUCGAGAGUUGUACAGUAACUUCACGACCGGAAUUUCGCCAUUCUACAAGAACAUCAUCAUUGACGUGAAGAGGGGAGUCCGAUAG